UCCGCCUGAGCUCAGCUCCGCAGGCCGGCUUCUGCUCUCAGGGAUCUGUCGCUCAACUCCUCCGCUUUCCAGCUCGGCUUUAGCGACACUACUGGAUUUAAGAGCUUGUUUAGACGUAUUUAGCGGCUUUAGUCCGGUGGAGGAGUGGGAGGGAGAAACAUGUGUUGUUACUCUAGUCUCAGAGUUUCUGUAAAACACAAAAUCCACUGGAGAUCCUAUGUAAACUAUAGUUACACAGAGGACCAUGUCUUGCUUCCAAGGAGAUAUAAACUUCUGUCCUGAAUGUGGUAAUAUUCUACCAGUCCCUGGAAUUCAGAAUACCAUUACAUGUCCUCGGUGCUCAUUCGACAUUCCUGCCAGUGGUUUUGCUGGGCAGGUUAUCAAGUCAUCUGUAGUAUUUAAUCCGUUGGUGCAGAGUUCUACUACUGUGGAGAGUGAGGAGGAUUCUGAACUAAAAGGCCCUGUGGUGGACAGAAGGUGUUCACGCUGCAAUAAAGAAGGAAUGGUAUACCACACAAGGCAAAUGAGAUCAGCAGAUGAAGGCCAAACGGUGUUUUUCACGUGUAUUCACUGCAGGCACCAAGAGAAGGAAGAUUCAUGAGAUGUUUGGUGUUGUCCGACUUGUAUUUGAUCAUUGAUCAACAACGUGAAUCCAAUAUUGUGUCUGCACAAGAUGUAAUGGAAAAAGACGCCACAAGGACUUGGACAUUUUUGCUGUACAUUCAAAAUGUUUUGUAUCAAAAAGAAAUGAAUAAAAAAUGUAAUAUAAAAAAUGUGAGAAGCACAA